AUGGCGGAUUCGCUGACUUCGGCUAUGGAGCAGCUGCGACUAACAGCUCAGGAUGUUAACCCAGACUUGUUCCAAUCUCGACUGGAGGCUCCGCUCGCCGAGGAAGACAAAGAUACACAAAUCAACACCAGGUCUCGCAAGCAAACGACCAAGAGUGGAGAGGAGCUAUUAGCAGAGCUGGAGGCUGAAUUCUUGACACCAUCUUCUAAAUUCAGCUCCAAUUGGCUCAACCAGCUACAAAAACGAUGGGACGUACCUGUAGACACCACAGACCUCUUCGAGAUUGCCCCCACACAGACGCGAACCGUCACUCGAUUUACACGAGAAGGACUGGAAGGACGGGUAACGGGAUAUCAUGAAGUGACUAUCCCAGCGACGAGUGAUACAGCCAAGAACUCAACCUCUCUUCUUCGCCGUCCUGCUGGUCGUGCGGAAUUUGUCAGAGGCGCGGCCGGGUUUUUCCCAUUCGCACCUGGUGGCUUGGAUGCAGUCGAGGCUCUGGCUGAAAUGGAGGCCGAUGCACAGACUGCCGAGCAAUCACGCAGUGGUGGAAAGAAGGCAGGACUUGAUCGGAUCAUCAACUUUGGUUCUGAGGGCGGUCUCUUGACGACACCUCCUGGCUUUGAACGUGGUCUCACGUUUGCAGAGGCAAAAUCUAAGGAGGCUGCUGAGGGCGAUCAGGAAGUGGAGUAUGCCCUUCUUCAGGAGGAGAGCAAUCUCCAAGUUGACAAGCCUGAGACUACACCCGAGGCUGAUGGAACCGCUGAGGCUGGUGUUGAGGAUGAAGAAAGUGAUAUGGAAGAAGAGGAUAUUGACGCUUUAUUGCCAGUCGAAUUCCCUGCGCUCGAACCGCGCAACCAGCUCCUUGCGGGUAUUCAAAAGCAGAAGGGUAGGGAGUGGGCUCAUGUCGUUGAUGUGAACAAAGAAAUCACCAACUUCAGUGACCUGGUUCCGGAUAUGGCCCGAGAAUGGCCAUUCGAGCUGGAUACCUUCCAAAAGGAAGCCGUGUACCACCUGGAGAAUGGCGACUCCGUCUUUGUGGCCGCACACACUUCUGCCGGCAAGACGGUUGUCGCGGAAUAUGCCAUCGCACUGGCAAAUAAGCAUAUGACGAAAGCCAUCUACACAUCUCCUAUUAAAGCCCUGAGUAACCAGAAAUAUCGUGACUUCCGCACAACCUUCGAUGAUGUCGGUAUUCUCACGGGUGAUGUUCAGAUCAACCCCGAAGCCAGCUGUGUGAUCAUGACCACAGAAAUUCUUCGAAGUAUGCUUUACCGAGGCGCCGAUCUCAUCCGCGAUGUCGAGUUUGUCAUCUUCGACGAGGUGCAUUAUGUCAAUGAUCUUGAGAGAGGAGUUGUCUGGGAGGAAGUCAUUAUCAUGCUUCCGGAGCACGUUACCCUCAUCCUUCUGUCCGCCACUGUUCCCAACACCUACGAGUUCGCCUCUUGGGUUGGCCGCACAAAGAAGAAGGACAUCUACGUGAUUUCGACACCCAAGCGACCCGUGCCUCUGGAACAUUAUCUAUGGGCUGGCAAGGAGAAGUUCAAGAUUGUCGACUCCAACAAGCGAUUCAUCGAAGGCGGUUGGAAGAAGGCAAAUGAUGUACUGUCUGGCAAAGAUGCUAGAGCCAAAAAGGAGGCGGAGGCUCAAGCCCAGGCCCAAGCGCAGCGCGGUGGACCUCAAGGGCGAGGACGUGGACGGGGACAGGAUACUGGCAGAGGAGGUCCUCGGGGUGGUGGCCAGCGUGGAGGUGGAAACAGAGGACAAGGAAGUGGAAACAGAGGGCAAGGAGGUGGGCGGGGGCAACCUUCUAAUCGCGGCACUGGCAAUAUUGCUCGUACUGGCCGUGGAGGUGGUCGCCAAUCCGCCGCCCAAGAUAAGAAUACUUGGGUUCACCUUGUGUCACAUCUUCGCAAGGAAGACCUGCUUCCAGCCUGCGUUUUCGUCUUUUCCAAGAAGCGAUGCGAGGAAAACGCAGACUCUCUCACCAAUCAAGACUUCUGCAAUGCGACAGAGAAGAGCUUGAUCCACAUGAUGAUCGAGAAGUCACUCACGCGCUUGAAACCGGAAGACCGAACUCUGCCUCAAAUCCUUCGGCUGCGUGAAUUACUCAGCAGAGGUGUUGCCGUGCACCAUGGUGGUCUUCUCCCAAUUAUGAAGGAGAUUGUCGAAAUUCUCUUCGCAAGGUCCCUGGUCAAGGUUCUCUUCGCUACGGAGACGUUCGCUAUGGGUCUGAAUCUGCCCACCCGAACAGUAGUCUUCUCUGGAUUCCGCAAGCACGACGGCAAAAGCUUCCGAGACCUGCUACCUGGAGAGUACACGCAGAUGGCUGGUCGUGCAGGACGCAGAGGUCUCGACACCGUGGGCUAUGUGCUCAUCACGAAUAGUGGCAAAGAUGAGGCUCCACCUGCUGGUGCUUUGAAGAAGAUGAUUCUCGGGGAUCCAACCAAACUCCGAUCCCAAUUCCGACUCACCUACAACAUGAUUCUCAACCUUCUUCGAGUGGAGGCUCUGAAGAUUGAAGAGAUGAUCAAACGGAGUUUCAGCGAGAAUGCUACCCAAGCGUUGCUGCCGGAACAUGAAAAGCAAGUCCAGCUUUCCGAGGCCAGCUUGGAGAAGAUCAAACGGCCGCCUUGCGAGAUUUGUGACGUGGAUCUUGCUGCCUGCCACGAUGCUGCAAUGGAGUACGAGAGGCUCACCGCAGAGUUGCACAGCGGCUUGCCCACAACUCCCGCUGGUAAACGACUCUUUGAAGUCAAGAAGCUUGUCGUGUAUCGAAAGGAUGGACUACGCACCGCUGGAGUGAUUACCAAGGAGGGUGUCACCACCGGGGCCGUUCCUUGCAUCACCGUACUUGAAAUUGGCACCGUGUACAACCGACGUCAUCCCAGUGAUAUUCUUCCAUUCCUGCCCCAGUUCCGUCCAUACCUGCAGGAAUUGCCCUCCAACGGCGCGUCUAUGCAUCUCAAGAUUUGCAAGAUCCCAGUGUCAGAUGUCGAAUGCAUUACGACCACCAGGUGCAAGGCUGGUGGACCGAUUUGGUAUUUGAAUAUCAAGAAAGAAGCGGUAAAGUUUGCGGAUAAAGAGCUAACCAAGUUCACUUCAUCCUGGCUUAGUGAUCGAUGGGACGAGAUCGAUUGGGUCCGCAUCAAGGAGUUGCAGUCGCGGGAUAUCAUAGACCAGCGGAGGGCCAAGGCACAGUUCAUCCAGUCAUGCCACUGCUUGCAAUGCCCCAAAUUCAUGGACCACUUCGAAAUGCAACAUGACGAAUGGCAAGUGAAGGAGAACAUCUCGCAAUUGAAGCAGUUGAUGUCGGAUCAAAACCUUCAACUGCUUCCAGACUAUGAACAGCGUAUUCAGGUCCUGCGAGAGCUCGGGUUUGUCGACGAGCAGUCCCGUGUGCAAUUGAAGGGCAAGGUUGCCUGUGAAAUCCAUUCCGCCGAUGAACUGGUUUUGACCGAGCUGGUUCUGGAGAACGUCCUGGCCGAAUACGAGCCAGAGGAGAUCGUUGCCCUUCUGUCAGCAUUCGUGUUCCAGGAGAAGACCGAUAGUACCCCUACCCUCACUCCUCGAUUGCAAAAGGGCCAGGAGGCUAUUAUCCGUAUUGCGGAGAAGGUCAACAAUUACCAGGUCCUGCACCAAGUCAUCCAGUCUAGUGAAGACUCCAAUGACUUUGCCAGUGAGCCUCGGUUCGGCCUUGCUGAGGUGGUCUACGAGUGGGCCAAGGGCAUGUCAUUCAACCGCAUCACCGAUCUCACCGAUGUGAUGGAGGGAACCAUUGUCCGAACGAUUACUCGGCUGGACGAGACUUGUCGCGAGGUCAAGAACGCGGCCAAACUGGUUGGCGAUCCAUCGCUGUACACCAAGAUGCAGCAAGCGCAGGAGCUGAUCAAGCGCGAUGUCAUUUUCGCGGCGUCUCUUUACAUGUAG